AUGCGCUGGCUUCCCGUCGAGUACGUCCCCGCUCUGCACUGGGUACACGCCGCGGACCCCGAGGAUGAAAACGAUCCAGGAGAACAAGGCAAACACGAGCUAAACGCAUCUGCCCCUGCAGUCUUCGAGUACGUGCCGCCGGGGCAGCUCGUGCACGUGGAUUGUCCGGCAGUCGAAAACGUCCCUGGCCCACAUUGCGUACAAGUGGAAGCUCCCGUGAACGAGUACGUGCCGCCGCGACACGGCGUACACGCUGCCAUCGACGUUGCACCGGUGAUACUGGAAGACGUGCCAGCAGGGCAUUCGGUACACGUCGGCUGGCCUUCGAUUGCAAAUGUGCCGGCAGGACACACUUUGCAUGGGGAAGCUGCCGCCGGUGAAAAAGAACCAGCCUUGCACAGUACGCACACGGCUGACGAGGUCCCGCCCGCUGUGCUUGACGACGUGCCUGCCGGGCAUUCGGUGCACACAGCCUGCCCUCCAAAGCUGUACGUCCCAAUAGCACACGAAGUGCACGUGGCAGCGCCCGAAAACGAAAACGUUCCACUCGGACAAGGGACACAAGCACUCGGGCCAGUUGCUCCAGGGUUGGGCGACGCAGUGCCGGCCGGACAGUCCACAGGAGAAGGGAGUCCCCCCACGGCAAACUUGCCGGCAGGGGCCAUGAUGCACGGGGUGGAGGUGCUUCCCCCGGGAAAUUGGCCGGGGGGGCACUUGACAUACGCGGUGGCCGAUGAGGCGACGGCCAACAGCACGAUCGAUCGCCGCCAGUGCAUGUUUGUGCACGAUGCGAAAUUGAAAAACAGCCCGUCUACAGUGAACCGGGAAAAAACUCGCAAGCGUUGUACUCGCUUGGUGGCCCCCACGACAGCCGAAGACGUGCCGGCAGGACAGUCCGUGCACAUGCGCUGGCUUCCCGUCGAGUACGUCCCCGCUCUGCACUGGGUACACGCCGCGGACCCCGAGGAUGAAAACGAUCCAGGAGAACAAGGCAAACACGAGCUAAACGCAUCUGACCCUGCAGUCUUCGAGUACGUGCCGCCGGGGCAGCUCGUGCACGUGGAUUGUCCGGCAGUCGAAAACGUCCCUGGCCCACAUUGCGUACAAGUGGACGCUCCCGUGAACGAGUACGUGCCGCCGCGACACGGCGGCAUUCGGUACACGUCGGCUGGCCUUCGAUUGCAAAUGUGCCGGCAGGACACACUUUGCAUGGGGAAGCUGCCGCCGGUGAAAAAGAACCAGCCUUGCACACCUGCCCUCCAAAGCUGUACGUCCCAAUAG